ACGACUCGCCGAUGGCUCUCCCGGAUAAACAUUGUCGGCAGUGGCAAAAAUUGUUAAUUAAAUAUAAAAAAUCGCGACUUUGGCUUUUGUGAAUUUUAAGAGUGGAAUUUGACUCAAGUUUUGGUGCCUCGUUUGAUGCAAUGGAGGAUACUGUGGCUCUCUAUCGCGAGCAGUUAAACCAAGUUGAGGCAGCUUUGGUUGUAGCAGAGGAUGAAGCUUCGAGGGCGCAACUCAAGGAACUCGAAGCCAACCUUAGAGAGUUGAUAGGCCUCACGGAAGAAGAGGACAAAGAAAGACGAGACGCUGAGUGGAAGUUGUUCCAAAGUGAAGUUGGCAGCGGAUGGAAGUCCGGGGACAAGUGCCGGGCGCCGUUCUCGGCCUGCGUCGGACUUCACAACGCGAUGGUGAGCGCCCUGGAGGCUGAGCAGGACAGCGCCGUGGUGGUUUUUGUGCAGCCCCUGGUGACGCAAAUGCGUCUCUGUCCGCACCACCUGGCCAACAAGUGCCGCUUCGAUGGCCGCUGCCGCUUUUCCCACGGCCACCGACUGCCCCUUUCGCAGCUGCAGCCCUUUGUCGAGCCCGACUUCAGCUCGGUGGCCGCCGGGGCCGUCGUUUUGGCCGCCGGCGACGACCAUUUGUGGCGCAGGGCCUCGGUCAAGGACGUCGAGGCUUCGGGCGAGUGUCAUUUGCAGUUUGAACAGUCCGGUGUUGAAAUCGUCCUGCCCAUGGCCUCAGUGUGGCCGCUGGAGGCGGCCGAGGACAAGGAGGACACCAGCAGUGGCGACGACGAAGAGGAGGAACUCGAGUUUCAGAAUUCGAUCGUCAAUCAGGUUUUGCAGGCUGGUGCUGGAAAUGCUUUAGGCGCUUGGGAAAAACACACCAGGGGCAUCGGAUCCAAAUUGAUGGCCAGCAUGGGCUACAUUUUGGGAGCCGGACUUGGAACCAGACAGCAAGGACGAAUCGAACCGGUUGAAGCCACAGUUCUACCAGCUGGAAAGUCUUUGGAUGAGUGCAUGAGACUGAAAGAAGAGGCGGGAGAUGAUGAUCUUUUUAGCGCGGAACGACGCCAACGCAAAUUAGAACGCAGAAGACUGAAACGAGAGCAGAACAAAGCUGCGGCUGAGAAAAAAGGCACCGACAUGUUCUCCUUUCUCAACCGACACCUCGCCACCGAAUCUAAAAAACCACAAGUUCCUGUCGAUGAUGGCUUGGCUACCGAGUUAAACGUGCGGAGUUUGCAGUUGGAAGAGAGGAUCAAAAGAGCAGUGAAAGAGGAGAAAGAUUUGGCGAGCACGGCGGCCAGGGUGGGUGGACCGACUGUUGCGAAAAAAUUGGAGGCCAAGAGGCAAGAACUGGAAUCGCUGAAAAGCGAGGAAAGACGGGUAAAGGGCGAGCAGACGCGCAGAAACGAGAGGAAAAAAAUGUCAGUUUUUUAACCAAAUUGUUCUGCGUAAUCCAAAGCUGUUGAACUUCUGUGAAAGUAUUUCCAAUAAAUCUUACUUAUGUUUCUAAAUAUUAAAAAAUGACACCGGGUUUAACGUUGUUAUAGAAUAAAAUUUAAAAUAGAAAAGAAGAAAAUUUAAUAUUUUGUUAAAUUACCAAUAUAUUUUGGUUUAUCUAUUAUGUAAUAAUAACUACAUUAAUAUUCCAUGGCAUGUGAGAAACGAAGGGUUUUAAGUCUUUAUUAUGCAAGCAGGCUGGCUUCUUUGAUUAAUUUUUUAAAGAGGUGCGAUCCAUUUGAAACGGCUGAAGCACAUAAUUAUUAUUUUUAUAUAUUCCAAUCAAUUAAGUCAUUCAAAAAAUUGAAAUAGGAUACAAAGAGCAGAAAGGGUAUCACAACUAGCUGCAACUAGCAGAGGUCUGUUAAAACGUAACACUUCGUUAUAAAAAUUACUUUGUAAGUGAGAUUUGUUAU